GACUGCAGGGCAAUUCUAGGCAAACAAUCACAGUAUUCCUCAGAAGGUCAGAAGACAUCAGAAACGCUCUUCUGAUUCCAGGCUGCCUGUCAUUGCUCUUGGGCUUCUUGAGAGUUCUUCUCUCAGUGCCAGGAUGGCUGCACAUGCAAAUGAGCCUGUAUUUGCCGCCCGCCGCUACAAUGAAGACACCACAAGGGAGACUGCAUUUGUUUACACAAAUGCCAACAAUACAAGAGAUCCAUUUGAAGGUCCAAACUACCACAUUGCUCCUCGCUGGGUCUACAAUGUAGCUUCUGUAUGGAUGGUCUUCGUUGUCAUUGCAUCCGUCUUCACUAACAGUCUGGUAAUCAUAGCAACAGCAAAGUUUAAGAAGCUGAGGCACCCUCUAAACUGGAUUCUGGUAAACCUGGCUAUAGCAGAUCUCGGAGAGACGGUUCUCGCCAGCACAAUUAGCGUCGUCAACCAGAUGUUCGGCUACUUCAUCCUUGGGCACCCCAUGUGCAUUUUUGAAGGGUGGACCGUGUCCGUAUGUGGUAUCACGGCUUUGUGGUCUUUGACUAUAAUCUCAUGGGAACGCUGGGUGGUGGUAUGCAAGCCAUUUGGUAAUGUCAAAUUUGAUGGAAAGUGGGCAGCAGGAGGCAUUAUCUUCUCCUGGGUUUGGGCCAUCAUCUGGUGCUCCCCUCCCAUCUUCGGCUGGAGCAGAUACUGGCCUCAUGGCCUGAAGACAUCUUGUGGCCCUGAUGUGUUCAGUGGCAGCGAAGAUCCAGGUGUGGCCUCCUACAUGAUCACGCUGUUGCUUACCUGCUGUAUUCUUCCUCUCUCCAUCAUUAUCAUUUGCUACAUCUUUGUCUGGAAUGCCAUCCACCAGGUUGCCCUGCAACAGAAGGAUUCAGAGUCCACUCAAAAGGCAGAAAAGGAAGUGUCACGGAUGGUGGUAGUGAUGAUCCUGGCUUUUAUCUUGUGCUGGGGACCAUAUGCCUCCUUUGCCACCUUCUCCGCCCUCAACCCUGGUUAUGCGUGGCACCCACUGGCAGCAGCUAUGCCUGCCUACUUUGCCAAGAGUGCCACCAUCUACAAUCCCAUCAUUUACGUCUUCAUGAACCGCCAGUUCCGUAGCUGUAUCAUGCAGCUCUUUGGAAAGAAGGUGGAGGACGCAUCAGAGGUUUCUGGCUCUACCACAGAAGUGUCUACAGCUUCGUGA